GAGAAGUUAGGGCAGGAAGCGGAAGUGACGUUUUAAGGAAGCGCCAGCGGCGUGCCCGCCUCGGUUGCAUGGCGAUGAACAGCCGGUUGCAGGAGAUCAGGGAGCGACAGAAACUCCGCCGGCAGCUCUUAGCACAGCAGUUGGGAGCUGAGAGUGCAGAUAGUAUUGGUGCCGUAUUGAACAGCAAAGAUGAUCAGAGGGAGAUCGCUGAAACAAGAGAAACUUGCAGGGCUUCUUAUGAUACUUCAGCAUCAAAUGCAAAACGCAAAUAUCCAGAUGAGGGAGAAGCUGAUGAAGAAGAAAUUGAAGAAUAUAAGGAUGAAGUAGAGCUGCAUCAAGAUGAAGAGAACCUGCCCUAUGAAGAAGAGAUUUACAAAGAUUCCAGUACCUUUCUUAAGGGAACCCAGAGCUUAAAUCCUCACAAUGAUUAUUGUCAACAUUUUGUGGAUACAGGACACAGACCGCAGAAUUUUAUCAGAGAUGUGGGCUUAGCAGACAGGUUUGAAGAAUAUCCCAAACUUAGAGAGCUCAUCAGACUAAAGGACGAGCUAAUAUCUAAAUCUAACACUCCCCCCAUGUAUUUACAAGCAGACUUGGAGGCCUUUGACGUUAGAGAACUGAAAUCCAAAUUUGAUGUGAUUCUUCUGGAACCACCAUUGGAAGAAUACUACAGAGAGACCGGCAUCACAGCCAAUGAGAAGUGCUGGACUUGGGAUGAUAUUAUGAAACUGGAAAUUGAAGAGAUUGCAGCCUCACGGUCUUUUGUUUUUCUGUGGUGUGGUUCAGGAGAGGGUCUGGAUCUUGGCAGAGUGUGUCUACGCAAGUGGGGUUACAGACGAUGUGAAGAUAUUUGUUGGAUUAAAACAAAUAAAAACAAUCCUGGGAAGACCAAGACUUUGGACCCUAAAGCUGUUUUCCAAAGAACAAAGGAACACUGCCUUAUGGGAAUUAAAGGAACAGUCCGCCGCAGUACAGAUGGUGACUUCAUCCAUGCUAAUGUUGAUAUUGACUUAAUUAUCACAGAAGAGCCUGAGAUUGGCAACAUAGAAAAGCCUGUAGAGAUUUUUCACAUCAUUGAACAUUUCUGCCUUGGAAGAAGACGCCUUCAUCUCUUUGGAAGGGAUAGUACAAUCCGACCAGGCUGGCUGACCGUGGGACCCACUCUCACAAACAGUAAUUUCAAUGCAGAAACCUAUGCCUCAUACUUCACUGCUCCAAAUUCUCAUCUCACUGGUUGUACGGAAGAGAUUGAGAGACUUCGACCUAAAUCUCCACCUCCAAAAUCCAAGUCAGACCGAGGAGGUGGAGCACCCAGAGGAGGAGGAAGAGGCGGAACUUCAGCUGGUCGGGGAGAGAGAGGCAGAGAAAGAAAUAGAACUAAUUUCCGAGGUGAAAGAGGUGGAUUCAGAGGGGGCCGUGGAGGCACUCACCGGGGUGGUUUUCCCCCACGCUGAUUACAUUUGAGUCAUUAGUUCUCUCUCUGGUCCUAUGCCUUUUUUUCUCUGUAUCUUUUUUUUAAGUCUUGUUUUUACUAAGGGGAGUCAUUCCAGCAACUAGGGUCAAGAUGACUUUUUUUUUUAAUUGCUUAUGCUUUCUGCAAGCAGUUUCAGAUACUUUGCCUGCCCACAUUUAGCACAUCACUGUACUUGGCAGAUGGGAUACAGAAUCUGAUGGCAAAGAGCUAAAAUGCCUUCUGACAGCUUUCAUUCACCAGGAAGGAUGGCAGAGCAGACUGGGAACAUCAAGAAGAGGUUAUCUUCCCAAGCUGUGAAUAAGAAUUGAAGAGGAGUCAUUUGCUUUGAUCUUUUUCAAUUUAAAAAACUAUUUUUUUAAUUUUUUUUUUUACUUUAACACUUCCCUUUAAACUCUGAACAAAUCACCCUUUAUACUUCAUGUAGAUAUUAGUUUCUUUUGCCAAUAUAAUGGGUCAGGACUCAGAAAUGCAAUUUGAUUUUGCAUGAUGAUGAUAUAGACUUGCAUUGUAUUUAUGGAAGGAAAAAAGCUGUCCAUACUGGCAUCUCUUUCUUCCUCCCCUAGAUUCAUAAGUAAACUGGUGUAAUAUUGAAUAAAUAGAGCUCUAUUUUUUCUAUUUGUUUUAAAUUUCCCCACUCAUUCCUGGGAGUAAUUUUCUAGUAUUUUUAUUUUUGACUUGUCAGAUAUAUUUAAAACACUUUUAUCUUUGCUGUUUGGAUUGAAAAACAAGAAACAAUUCUAUGUUGUCACUUCUUUCUAAUGCUUUACGGAAAGCAGAAAGUGGCAGUGAUCCAUAUUUGAUCUAGAACUUCUGUUUACAUAGACAUGUAUUGUUUUUAAGUAGAGAGUCUUGCCCAGUGCUUGUUAACUGUGUUGUUCAUGACUAGGGAAAGCCAAGUUUUAUUACAGUAAAUUCAGUAUGAAUACUGAAACAGCCCCAUUGAGGUAGUAUUUGGAGAAAGGGGAGAAAGCCAUGAAAAGCGCUUCUAGAGAAAUCUGGAUACAUUUCACCUUGUAAACACUAUGUUCAGUAACUGAAAAAUCGUGUUUUAGCUUUGCUUUGCCAGCGGAUCUUUAAACAGUAAGUGAUGAGGUGCCGAGAACGUCUUAUAGGAAAUCAUCUCCAGAAUACAGCUUCUAAAGAGAAAGUGAUUCACACGUGUUGCAGCUGUGUGGUAUUUGUUCAUAGAAAAGCCAGCUCUGUAAACUGGUUGUACAGUACUUGAUGCAUAUGAAUAAAUCCUGGCCUCACUACAGUCCAGGGGAUUUUGCUAUGGACUUCAUCUGGGCUAGAAUUUGGCUCUAGGUGUCUUGUACUUCUCAUCUACUGAACUUUUAUAAAUGUCUUGUGAAGUGUUGAAUAGUGAUAUUUCUUCCAGUAUUUUUUUAUAAAAAUGUUUCCUAAUAUUUUCAAGGAUUGUUUGGUUUUAUUUAAAAAUGCCAGUUUUAUUUAUUCUUCAGCUUCCCUUUAAAGAUUUUUAUUUUGUAGAUUUUCUGCUUGGGCAAUUCAGCUUUCCUUUGUAUAGAAACAGAGGUUCCUGUUGUGUUGCUGGAUGAAAUCUCCAUCGUUGUUUUGCUUAAGGUUUAAAAACACACACUCGCACGCACAUCCUAUCUCCCCCUCCACCCUCCAAAGCUGAGCAGUGACUGGAAUUAGAAGUCAAUUUCUGAUUGAAUUGGGGUCUUUGAAUCUUUGAUUUUCUAUUAUAUUAGUAGCUCAUUUGAACAUCUUUGAUGCUUGGAAUGGAUUGCAUCUGGAAUAAACCCAGAAUGCUUGACAGUUAUGUGCCACAAGCAGGGAAUGAUUAUUUUUCCUGAUUGUUUUGCACUCAUCCUAUGUUUUAGUAGUGAAUAUUGUAGAUGCUGAACCCCAGACAACCCCAUGCCACUGAAAACAACCUCUGCACAGUGAGAAGGAAAGCGAUAUUAAUUCAGCGCUUUCUUCCACUGGUGGUUGUUCCUCACAUGCUUCUUCUCUACAACUGAAGAACAAGUAUCCUGGCAUCAAAUAUGAAAGGAGCAAUUAAUCCUCGAUACUGCAGUCUAACCUAAAAAUAACUUUUUAAAGGAGAACUGAGAUGCUUUGGUUUAGUUCAGAAAAGCAGAGUUGAAAAGACUGUUUAAGAUCUCAAAUUAGUGAAGCAUGUAAACUUCAGAAACAAAAUAAUUGAAAAUCACUUCCUCUGUAUUUACUUACCAGGACUUGAGUUGAGAUUUCUUGUGUCUCUCUGUCAAAGCAAAGCAGCUAAAACAAUGUAAGGAAAGCAGUAAAUACCUGCCAAUCACUCUUAAUAUGCUGACUGCCUGUGGAUGCACACUGCUCCCAUUGAUGUCACUGAAAGUCCAGUAGACGCAUUGACAAACAACUUGCUCCUUGUUACCUGAUGUUGAUUCACAGGCAAAUAUGGAUUCUUGAAUGUCUUCCUUGGCAGUUUUGUGUGUUUCAGAAAUACAAAGAAACCUCCAUCCUUGGUAGGGAUGUUAGCAAGUAGUUGACUAGAUGAUUAACCAAUAAGCCUAAGCUUAUCAGUUAAUCUUGUUGACUACUUGCAUCUCUCUCUCCCCGUCCCCCCGACCCUUGUUGCCGCUGUAUCAGAGGCAGCAGUGCACGUUGGUAGGAGGCUCCCUGGGAGUGAGUAGUCAUGUAACUGCAAAGAUUUCAUGCGGUUACAAGGCUGUUCAAAUUCCUGCCAUCUAACAUCCCUAAUCCAUGGCAGUUUUUGUGUUCCUGAGGUAUGCUAUUGUCAUGGCAACACUGAUACAGAGAGACUUCCUCUUCAUGUGACAAGGUAGGAUGUUACCUGUAUUUGGUCUGUCUUUGACUGACAGCAUAUGCAGCUCAUUAAUGCUUCAUGAUGUUGACCUCCAUUCAACAGAACCUGAAGUGAGGUGAUACUCUUUUCAGAUCUUCUUACUAUAUAUUUUAGAAAUGCGUGUCUGUCUUUCCAUCCAUCUGUGAGUCCUUUUGUUCAAGAACUCCUAAACGAU